AUGUUCCAAGUGUAUCCAUCCAGAUACAAAGCAAAGGAUAGUAGACACCUUCUCGAAGGGUCUGAUGGACACCGUAGUGUAUACCCAUUUAAAUGGCUGUCUGCGUAUGCCAAUGGGAAGCGCAUGCCAGAGAAAUCCUGGAGCAUGAAAAUUCGACUUCACAAAUCUAAAAGCGAACAACCCAAACCGACAGUUUCGUAUUCUGAAGUCAUGUCUGAUGACAAAUCUUUGCUGAAAUGGCUGGACUAUAUUGUGAGCUGUGUCAUGAAGCCCCCAAGUGGGUUCUGGGACUUCACAGCCGACUUAACCUUCAAGGAUACUGCAUAUACCACAGAAUUGCUUGGUGCACAUACAGACAACACGUAUUUCACUGAUCCAGCACGGCUUCAGUUAUUCCACCUUCUGUCUCAUACUGACGGUGACGGAGGAGCUAGUUUGCUUGUCGAUGGGUUUCGGGCUGCCGAGUUUCUGCGCGAUGAAAAUAACAACCAUUGCGAAUAUCUAGCGUCAAUCCCUCAGCCAUUCCAUGCAAGUGGUAAUGAGGACACUUGUAUACAACCUGUGACGCAGGCCCCCGUUUUCUCCAUCCACCCGGAGUUCCAGCAGCUGUACCAAAUUCGGUGGAAUAACUAUGACCGGGCACCCAAGAAGGACUGGAACUUGGUGCAACAGACCCAGUGGCAUGCCGCAGCUCGCCACUUUAACGAUAUCAUUCAGCGACCGGAGAUGCAGUACUGGACGCAGCUGGAACCCGGUACGGCACUUAUUUUUGAUAACUGGAGAAUGCUUCACGGUCGCUCAGCAUUCACUGGAAAACGAAGAAUGUGCGGUGGAUAUAUAAACAAUGACGAUUUCGUCUCCAAAUACCGUCUCCUGAAAUUUGGCCGUAAAGGAGUCAUGUCGAGAGUUGGGACCUUCUAUGAGCACUUGGGCCACCCUAGCUACUAUUACUGA